AAGUAGCUUCGCUCCCUUCCGGUUCGCUCUGUCGGGGUGACUGUAUCUUAUUUAGUUUAGCUGUAAUUAAAUCUUUCUCCAUCUUCCACCAUGAGGAUCUACAAGGAUAUUAUCACCGGUGAUGAGAUGUUCUCAGACACCUACAAGAUGAAACUAAUUGAUGAUGUUAUGUACGAAGUCUAUGGCAAGACUGUCACUCGUAAAGCUGGAGAAAUAGAAAUUGCUGGAUUCAAUCCAUCAGCAGAAGAAGCUGAUGAGGGCACAGACGAAGCAGUGGAAAGUGGUGUUGAUGUGGUUUUAAACCACCGACUCCAAGAAACAUUUGCAUUUAAUGAUAAAAAAUCUUAUACUCUUUAUUUGAAAGAUUACAUGAAAAAAUUAGUUGCAAAGUUGGAAGAGAAAGCACCUGAUCAGGUGGAUGUAUUUAAAACAAAUACCAACAAAGUUAUGAAAGAUGUUUUGAGUCGUUUCAAGGACCUACAAUUCUUCACCGGCGAAUCUAUGGAUAUUGAUGGUCUAGUGGCGUUAAUGGAAUAUCGUGACAUUGAUGGUGAAUCUGUGCCUGUACUCAUGUUUUUCAAACAUGGUCUUGAAGAGGAAAAGUUCUAAAUAAUUCUAGAUAUGCAAUAAAUUAUGGAAAAAGAUAUUAUAAACUUAAACCAAGACUGUACACAUGCUGGAAAGCUGUGAAAUUUAGUUAAAGAGAAACAAUUUUACUUCCAAUCUCACAUAUACAAUGCAGUUAACUUAUUUUUUUCGAAAAAAAGGAUCUAUUAACAACAAUAUCAAAGAAAGUAAUAUUUGUACAUAUGGCGUGACUGAAAGGAAAAAUAAUAUAUGGUGAUCACUCAAUGUAACUGUAUUUGAUUCACUGUGGUGUUUGUAAUAUUAUUUUCUAUCUACUUUUUUAUUCAAUAUUAUUGGAACUUUUUAUUUAUGAGACAAAAAAUGGAAGAUGGGGAAAGAACUUUGCAGCUGUGGAAACAUUAAAGUAUGUCUGUAAUUACUGUUAACAUCAAGAAUUGUCAGUGAAUAAUAAAUAUAUGAGAAACAUACUCUGUAUCAUGUCCAUCAGAAAUAAAACAGCGUUUUCAUAAA